AGUCAUGGAGCGCUUGUUAGGUCACGUGAUCUGUCAAAUUUGACUAGGUGUUUUGAAAUAGUUCAUUAUUACAGGAAAAGUAGUAUAUUUUUCCCUAAUAAUUAUGUCCUUUUUACAAAAAGGGUCGGCAGAAAAUACAGCGACUUUGGUAGAUACAUUAACAAUUGAAGAUGCCUCAUUUGAUAUGGAGAAUACUCCUGAAUUGACUAAUGCAGAUUUUAACUCACUCACAGACUUACCACAGGAAAUAACCUUCUCAACUGAUGGAAUGGAUACUGGAGAACAAGAAGUUGUUGUGGAGAGCCAAGAUGUUAUGGAACAUGAAGAAGAAGUUGAAGCCGAAGAAGUUUUUGAAGACGAAUCGGAUGGCUAUUCUCAGCAAAGUAUUAAAUAUUCUGAGCAAAUGCUCCAAAAUCAGACUGUGAAAACCUCUUCCGUUCCUCCUCUGAGACCUUUAACAAUUGCUCCAAAACCCACAAAAGUUCCCAUUGCCGUCAAAUCAGUAGGAGGCCAACAGCUGUUGUUACUGCAAGGGACAACACCUGGUCAAACCAUUAAACUGGUAUCCUCCCAAGGUCAGGAACUGAACUUGGCGAACAUAAGUCGACCUAUUACUUUCAAACCAACUCUCAAAACAAUAUCCACUCAGGGAGGAAACAUAUCAUUUGUACCACAGAAGCCUGUGGUGAUGAAAAAAAUUAUUGCCCCUGGACAAAAAACCAUUACGAAACCAUUGACAACCUUUUCUAAGCAACCACAGCAUUAUAUGGUUGUGCAAAAGUCAGACCAACCUGUUAAAAUCGUCCAGGCGCAAGGGAGUAACAUUGCGAUGUCGUCCCCUACAAAAACCCUUACUUUGCAACUGGCCCAAGAAAUGGGUCUACUGCCCAAUACGAAAAUAAUCCAGCAGGGGCAAACGGUGCCUAAGCAAACAGUCUUGCUCAGUAAGAAUCCUCAAAAAACCCUGAAAAUUGUGCCGCAAGUUAGCACAGCACAACUAGUGACUGUUGGUUCGAAUACCAAAACCAUUUCCCUCGGAGCUGUCAAAGGACCUACGAAAAUAUUACCGGCAAGUAGUCUCACAGCUAACAAGGGUCCUCAGAAGAUUCUUUUCAAAACCGCAACAAGUUCGAAUACAAAUAUUCUACCACAGGGCCAAAUCAUACAAGUCGCCGGAUCUCAAACUCUCAAUACUGGACAGUUGCAUCAGAUAAAUAUACCUGGAAGGGGGAUGCAGUACAUUAAAUUUGUCACAACCAACCCUACAGAUUCAAACGUAUUACCUACUUCAACAGGAAAUACAGUUUUAAGAACCUCAACUGCGACAUCUAUUGGAAACAUUGUCUUCUCUGAUGUGAAGACCACAACUGUCAAUAAAAUAGCUCCCAAGCCGAUGACAGGAAAAGUAGCGAUAUCUCCUUCACCUCUAUCAAAUACUCCUGUGGUGGUCGUCCCUUCGAACAUUUCGCCUCUUCCGCAGACCAACAAAGCAGCGGUUCCUUCCAACUCCGCAAAGAGCACGCCUACAGGGAAAACUACCUCCACUGGCAGCGACAGUUCUUCUCCGGUUGCUCCUAAAGACGAAGUCGAUUCUGAUGGCAUGAGACCACGAAAGCCUUGCAACUGCAACAAAUCCCAGUGCCUCAAGUUGUAUUGCGACUGUUUCGCCAACGGGGAGUUUUGUUACAUGUGCAAGUGCUUGAACUGUUUCAACAACUUGGAGAACGAGGAGCAUCGUAGCAGGGCGAUCAAAGCUUGCUUGGAGCGGAAUCCGCAUGCUUUCAGACCAAAGAUCGGCAAGGCGAAAGAUGUGUCCGGAGAUCAGCCAGUCAGGAAACAUACAAAGGGGUGCAACUGCAAAAGAUCGGGUUGCUUGAAGAAUUAUUGUGAAUGUUACGAGGUAGGGAUUUUUUUAUUUCGCUGA